AUGGCUGCAGUCGGGCAUGAUGUGGAGCAUGCAAUUGACGUGGACAUGGAGGUUGGUCUGACAAUGGGAAAGGGGAAGUCCGAGGGUGGUAUCAACAUAGAGAUGGCCGAAGUCAAACAUGAGGAAACCGAGGUCGGUGCCAUUCCAAAAGCCGACAAAGACGUGGGCCAGGUGACUCCCACCAUAAUCAUUGAGCCACCCACACCACACACAUCGGCGAUUUUCAAGAGCACUGAGACCGAGGUCGGUACCAACACUGACAAAGGAAAGGGCCGGGAGAUUGGGCCGCCAGCCAGUGAGAUGGAGUGGAUCGUGCCUGAGUUAGCAAUGCGGCCGGAAUUGGGCUUGGCUGUCAAUUAUAUGCAACAAAGCUUUACACCCCCACCUGUUGAGCGCACGUCCUGGCCAGAAGGUUCGCGUUUGGUAUCCCGUUCUCAGCAGGUUAGCCCACCAGAUCCCAAGGAGGUUCAUCUUGACAUGGCGCUCUAUCAGAAGAAGAUUGACUUUAGGUCCUUGAGCCCCCCACCGAACUUCGACAUGCAGACGAUGCAGCAGGAGAUCAGAAGACUUGCUCAUGGCCAAGCCGACCUCCUGCAGAAACUCCGAGACCAACAAGCGCAAGUCAGCGUCAUGGAGUCGUCUACCCCUACUAUGCGAGAGUAUUCGGCAUUUGUGGUCCGAAAACAAGAUAUUGACGCAAGUGCCCUUCUCCCCCCGGCGGUUGACUCACCCAUGACCCUGUCACAACGUCUUUUGGCGCUCGAAGAGAUUACCCGGUGUAUUCAAGAUCAAGAUUUGGCUAGCCGUCCUCUGUCGGAGAAAAUUGCAAGUCUAGAGACCUCCAUUUGGUUUCAGGAAGAAAAAAUCACCGGAGCAACUCGCCGGAUGGACUGUAUUGAAGAGUCUGCCCACAUGCGUUGGAAGGAAACACAAGAAGAUUUGCAGUCCAUCCGAAGUGAUCACCAGAGACUGGAAGCCGAGGUGAGGGAAGCCGUCAAGACACUGGAGAACAAGUGGGAGACUACGCCAGCUGCGUUACAAGAGAGUCUCACCCGGGGCUUUGAGAAACUUGCAAGCCGCAUCGAAACUGCCGAGCUAACGCUCCACAACCUCACCAAAUCAGUCACUACUAUUUCGGAGCUCAACCUGCGGCUCGGUGCUCACCAAUCAAGUCUGGAAUCGCUCAUUAUCCAGUUCCUCGGCAACAAGGAGAAGAAGCACACUGGCAUCAAUACCGAUCGCUCAGUCUCACCCGACCGCGGUCAGAAAAGCCAGCAGGUACAAGUCUCCCCGACCCCGGGUGUCGUUCUGCCAAACCCAGUUUCAACCGAUCACGCGCAAGUCUCUCCAACCCCGGCCGUCUUUCUGCCUCCAGCAUCUGAGAGCCCAGCGGUCCUUCUGUUGGCGCCAAACCCAAUUCCUCCAACCCGGGCAAGUUCGCCCGGUCCUUACAUUGGGGGUAAUAGGAAGUCACAUCGGCUACAGAAACUCGAACCCACACUUCAAACCCCCGUACAGAGCAGCCGAGUGCGGUUGUUUGAGCCAGACCCGUUCCAACAUGGUGUCAACUGGAUGGGACCAGGUUGGGCUGAUCCAUGCUGCAUGGGAUUCAAAGCUCUUCAGCAGACCCAUGACACAUGA